CUCUAAACGCUUCGUUUUUCACAGUUGUGCAGUUCCGGAAUUUCAGGAAUUUGGGUUGUUCGUCUACUCAGCCUCCCUGCUGUACUGAACUCAAGGUUUUCAGCUACUAAAAGGUUUAGUUCGAGUUCAAAAUGUCUCAAGCAGAGAAACUGAAGCAGGGACAGUUUACAAACCCAGAGACUCCUGGCUAUGUGGGAUUUGCAAAUUUACCAAAUCAGGUGCACCGGAAAUCAGUGAAAAAGGGCUUUGAGUUCACUCUCAUGGUGGUGGGCGAGUCAGGUUUGGGGAAGUCCACUCUGAUCAACAGCUUGUUCCUCACUGAUCUCUACCCUGAGAGAGUCAUUCCUGGUGCUGCAGAGAAAAUUGAGCGCACAGUGCAGAUCGAGGCCUCUACGGUGGAGAUUGAGGAGCGUGGAGUGAAACUUCGUCUUACUGUUGUCGACACGCCUGGAUAUGGAGAUGCCAUCAACAGCCAGGACUGUUUCAACACCAUUAUCUCAUACAUUGAUGACCAGUUUGAGCGGUACCUGCAUGAUGAGAGCGGACUAAACCGCAGGCACAUCGUUGACAACCGGGUGCACUGCUGCUUCUAUUUCAUUUCCCCUCUGGGUCACGGGCUGAAGCCUCUAGAUGUCCAGUUCAUGAAGGCCAUUCACAACAAAGUGAAUGUUGUUCCUGUUAUUGCUAAAGCAGAUACACUGACCCUGAGGGAAAGAGAGAGACUCAAGCGCAGGAUUUUGGAUGAAAUCGAUGAGCAUGGCAUUAAAAUCUAUCACCUCCCUGAUGCUGAGUCAGAUGAGGAUGAAGAUUUCAAAGAGCAGACAAGGAUUCUCAAGGCCAGCAUACCAUUUGCAGUGGUGGGAUCCAACCAGCAGAUUGAGGCUAAAGGGAAGAAGGUGAGAGGGCGUUUGUAUCCGUGGGGUGUGGUGGAGGUGGAAAACCCUGAACACAACGACUUCCUGAAACUUCGCACCAUGCUAAUCACCCAUAUGCAGGACCUGCAGGAGGUGACUCAGGACCUUCAUUACGAGAACUUCCGCUCAGAACGCCUCAAACGGGGUGGCAGGUUGUCCUCCCAUGGUUACAUUCUGCCUCUGUCGCCUGCGAAGGGUCCAGAGCCAGAAGAAAUGGACAAAGACAUGAUCUUGCAGGAGAAGGAGGCUGAGCUGAGGCGGAUGCAAGAGAUGAUCGCUAAGAUGCAGGCACAGAUGCAGAAGCAUGGAGAUGGCGACGGAGAUGGCCCACACCAGUGAGGAACACGAUGCUGACCUGUUAUUUGAGCGUGGCCCAGUCAAAAACAGAACACUAAAAGAGGAAGUGAUGCUAAAUUUUGAGGAGAAGUGGAGACUGGUCCUUAACUCACCAUGCUUGCCAUUUUCUUAGUUUCUUUCACUCUUAUAUGAAUUAAUGUUUUUUUGUAAGCAGUAUUAAUGGUUGUUUUUUUUUGUGUAUAUAAUCAGAUGCUGUUUCAAAUUUUUAUUUGUUUCCCAAUACAUUGUGAUGCCAGUAACCAAAAUGAAGAACACCUAUCAGUUGAAGUUAAGAGGAUAGUUCACCCAAAAAUGAGAAUUCUCUUAUCAUUUAUUCAUCCUAUUGCCAUUCCAGAUGUGUAUGAUUCUCUUUCUUCUGCAGAACACAAAUGAAGAUUGUAGAAGAAUAUCUCGGCUCUGUAGGUCCAUUCAAUGCAAGUGAAUGGGUUCCAAAAUUUUGAUGCUCCAAAAAGUACAUAAAGGCAGCAUAAAAGUAAUCCAUAUGAUUCCAAUAUUUUAAUCCAUAUCUUCAGAAGUGAUAUGAUGUGUGGGUGAAAAACAGAUUAAGAUUUAAUUCCAUGCUAGAAAUUCUUCUCCUUGCACAGUAGGGGACGUAUGCAUGAAGAAUGUGAAUCACCAAAAACACAAGAAGAAAGUGAAAGUUAGUGGAGAUUGACUGAUCAGGCAGGGUGAAUUUGUAGUAAAAAUGGACUUAAAUAUUGAUCUAUUUCUCACCCACACCUAUCAUAUUGCUUCAGAAGACAUUGAUUUAACCAUCAAAGUCGUAUGGAUUACUUUUAUGCUGACUUGUGUGAUUUUUAUUUUUAUUUUUUAUUUUUUUAUUUUUUGGAGCUUCACAAUUUUGGCAUCCAUUCACUUACAUUGUAUGGGCCAAAAGUGCAAAAUCUUAAUUUGUGUUCUGCUGAAAAAAGUCAUUCAUAUCUGGGAUGGCAUAAGGGUCAGUAAAUAAUUAAUACAUUUUCUUGUUUGGGUGAACAAUCCCCUUAACUCUGUGAACUACACAGAGCAAUUUACAUUUUCUGUUACAAAAGCCAAAUGCUGCUGGGAAAGGACCUCUGAAGGUCUUUUAUAUUAUACCAUCUAGCUAAAAACACUGAAAAGCAGCUGAAUUUGAGUGUCAUGGUAGCGGCUGUUAUAUCAUGUUUGUGUUUUUUUUUUUUUUUUUGCUAGAGAGAUUGCUGCUCUCCUGUUCAGGAGUUUUCUGAAGUGCUUUUCUCUUCCCUGCAUGAAGACGCCUUUAAUUACAUGUGCAAUUCUGUUGAAUGGCCUUUAGAAAGCAAAAACAGACAUACUGUGACUCAUGAUCCAUUUUGUGUAAUUUCAAAUGAAGGAGAACAGGCUGUUCUCUGAAGUACAGUAAAUCCUCAUUUUAGUGAUUUUAUUGAUACUGUAAUGUAUUUAAUAUCAGACUUUGGUCUGAGUGCAGUGUGGUGAUUUUCUGUUGCAUACAUUCAAAUAUGCUGUCGUGCUCAUUGACCUUGUCGCACGCCCAGUUUUUACCUCCUUCCAGGUUCUGUGGUUACAAUUCUUUAUUUUAGCUCACUCAUGUGCUUGAAGCAGAUUUAUUUCUGUUUCAUAAAUAAUUUGAUGAAGAUGUUUAAAUGAAGGAAUAUCUGAAAUGUGGGAUUUUAUCUGUUACACAAAGGCAAACAUCUCAUCAAGACUGCUAUACCCCACUGUUGGUCCUGUAAACGUUUAUCAACAUUCCAGUUUUAAGGUUUCACUUAAACUUCAAACUAUUAUUGUCUAUCUUCUCUUAAUAAAGUUUUAUAUUGAAACAGUUUUAGAAAUAGUGUUUUAUUCCUUUUUAGGACUUAUCAAAGUGGUUGCCAGUUUUGGUUACCACAAACAUGGCCACUAGAGGUCCUGACAAAUCCUCACACAUGGAGGAAAUCAUCCUAAGAAUAAAAAUCCUUGCAAACAAUUUAAGGAAACACAUUUGCACACAUUACUCUGGCUCCAUCUGAAUUUACGUAUCUAAAAAUGUUUUUCUAACAUGAAAAAAAUUCUGAAGUCAAAAGCGCAGCAGUAAGAGUUUAGGUGUCUUGACAUGUUGACUGUACAUGGAUUAACAGGCUUGAACUCACGGAGUUCUUCCUGUCUGAGGACAGUUUCUGACAAGAAUGAUGUCAAGCACAACUUCAAUGAGACCUUCACGUUAGCGUCAAAUUAGAUUUUUAAGCCUCGUCGUCAUUCCCAUUAAAAAGCAAAGAUGGCGCUAGCGUGAAUAAGUUCUCAUUGAAGUUGUGCUUGACAUUACUCUUAUCACACACUGUCCUCACAGAUGUCCAACAGAAAUCAGGCCAGGGAUAUGAUUGAAAAGCUGAAAUUUGGCAGCAGCAGGCACAUAACUACACACUGACUGUUACAAAUAAGAAAUAAAGCAAUACAUUUAGUGAGGUUUCUCAGCAAUAAGUGAAAAAAUAAAUCUACUGGCCCAUGGAUCAAGACAAAAUACAUACAGUUGAAGUCAGAAGUUUACAUACACCUUAUCCAUAUACAUUUAAACUCAGUUUUUCAAAAUUCCUGACAUUUAAUCACAGAAAACAUUGCCUGUCUUAUGUCAGUUAGGAUCACUACUUUAUUUUAAGAAUGUGAAAUGUCAGAAUAAUAGUAGAGAGAAUGACUUAUUUCAGCUUUUAUUUCUUUCAUCACAUUCCCAGUGGGACAUAAGUUUACAUACACUUUGUUAGUAUUUGGUUGCAUUACCUUUUAAAUUGUUUGUACUUGGGUCAAACAUUUUGGGUAGCCUUCCACAAGCUUCUCACAAUAAGUAGCUGGAAUUUUGGCCCAUUCCUCCAGACAGAACUGGUGUAACUGAGUCAGGUUUGUAGGCCUCCUU